AUAUAGGAAAUUUCUCUACACCCUUCACCUUCACCUUUAUCUCUCUCAAUUCUCUAUAGACAUUAUGUGUACUUUCAAUUGGCUAUAAAUAGUGUGUGUUUGCAUUUGUUCCUUAACCAAAACCAUCCAUGGGGCGAUUCCUUGUACUGUGUUUGCACUUGUUCCUCUUCCUUUUUGCAUCCUUCCAUUCCCAUUCCUAUUCCUUAGCUCAUUCCCACGAUAGCUUUACCUUGCUUCAAUUCAAGAACUCCUUCACUGUUGAUAUCACUCAUUAUUAUAAUUCUUCCUAUUUUUAUUAUCGAUCUCCUUGCCCACGUCCGUAUCCGAGGACAAAAACAUGGAAAAAUGGAACAGACUGCUGCUCAUGGCUUGGGGUCACGUGCCAUCCGACAUCGGGUCACGUGAUCGCACUCGAUCUCACCUGCAGUGGGCUUUCUGGUAAAAUCGAAGCAAACAGUAGCCUUUUCCGUCUCUCUCAUCUCCAAUCACUCAAUCUCGCUUUCAAUAAUCUCUCUCAAUCUCCAUUGUCGUCUCUCUUUGGAGGGCUUACGAGUAUGAGUAUCACACAUCUCAACUUGUCUGGCUCUCUCAUUGAAGAUGGAAAGAAAGGAGUUGGAAGAGGCUGCUCCAGAACGCAACACUUUUAAGGGACCUUGUUUUGGAUUAUACAGAUAUGUCUUCAACUUCAAUCAAACCAAUCAAUCUCGCUUCAUCUCUCAAUAUCUUGCAUCUUUCACGAUGUCAGUUCCAAGGAUCAAUUCCUCCCUCUUUCUCUAACCUCACCCAUAUUACUUCCUUGGAUCUCUCACGGAACGAACUCAGUGGUUCAAUCCCAUCCUCUUUCUCUAACCUCACCCGUCUCACUUCCUUGGAUCUCUCAGGAAACAACAUUGGUUCAAUCCCAUCCUCUUUCUCGAACCUCACCCGUCUCACUUCCUUGUAUCUCUCAUCCAACAAACUCAGUUCAAUCCCAUCCUCUUUCUCUAACCUCACCCGUCUCACUUCCUUGGAUCUCUCAGGAAACAACCUCAAUGGUUCAAUCCCAUCCUCUCUCUCUAACCUCACACAUCUUACUUCCUUGGAUCUCUCAUCCAACCACCUCAACGGUUCAAUCCCAUCCUCUUUCUCUAACCUCACCCAUCUCACUUCCUUGGAUCUCUCAUACAACAACCUCGAUGGUUCAAUCCCAGAUAUGUUUGGUGGGCUAAUCAAUUUGGAAGCCGUCCGUCUCAAUGACAACAAAUUAGGAGGACAAAUCCCAUCUUCAUUGUUUGACUUAACUCAUCUUUCUCUUUUGGAUUGUUCUUAUAAUCAAUUAGAGGGCCCUCUGCUUACCAAAAUAACUGGCCUUUCUAACCUAACUUAUUUAAGCUUAAAUAACAACUUACUAAACGAGACAAUUCCCUCUUGGUGUCUGUCUUUGCCAUCCUUAGAGUAUCUAGAUUUGUCCAGCAACAAGCUGCAUGGCAAUAUUCCACAGUCAAUUUUCAGUCUUGCAAACCUUACUCUCUUAGAUUUGUCAUUUAACAACUUGAGUGGUCUUGUCUACUUUCCACUCUUCUCCAAGCUUCAAAAUCUGAAAACUAUUUCCCUUUCUCAAAAUACUCAAUUGUCAUUAAACUUUGAAUCCAAUGUAAAUUACAGUUUCCCUAACCUAUAUGAAUUGAAGUUAUCUUCUUUAGGUUUAACCGAAUUUCCUAAACUUCAAAGAAAAUUGUCGACUUUGGGGCUUCUCGAUUUAUCAAACAAUAAACUUAAUGGAAGAGUGCCCAACUAUUUAUGUGAAAUGGAUUCAUUACGAAAUUUGAACCUCUCUCACAACUUUUUGACAUCCACGUGCCAAUUCUUAGAGAAUCAAGAGCUCGAAUGCCUUGAUCUCAGUUUCAACUUGCUGGCUAAUGACAUUUCCUUGUCAAAAUGCAAUGCAAGUUCACUUCAGAUUCUCAACUUGUCCCACAACAAUUUCACAGGCACCAUUCCACAAUGCCUUGCAAACUUGUCAUCUCUGUCCGUUUUGGAUCUACAGAUGAACAAACUUUAUGGAACAUUCCCAAGUAACUUUUCAAAAAACAAUAAUUUCGCAGUUCUGAAUCUCAAUGACAACCAAUUAGAAGGUCUUUUGCCAAAAUCUUUGUCUAACUGCAAAAAUCUGGAGGUUUUAAAUGUUGGGAACAAUCAAAUAGAAGACACAUUUCCACAUUGGCUUCAAACUCUACCACUUUUGAAAGUAUUAAUUUUGCGAGCCAAUAAAUUGCACGGUCCCCUUGCUAGUUUAAAGACCAAACAUCCAUUUUCCGGUUUAAUUAUUUUGGAUAUCUCAUCCAAUAAUUUCAGCGGCCUAAUACCAAAAGCCUAUCUAAAAAGUUUUAAAGCCAUGAAGAAUGUCAUUCAAAAGGCCGAAAUGGGUAACAGAUUGCAAUACUUGGAAAGUGAUUCAGGAGAUCUAAUAUACAUUGAUUCUGUGACUGUAACAACAAAAGCGAUCAGAAUGACGCUCUUGAAAAUUCCAAUGAACUUUGUAAACGUUGAUUUAUCGAGAAACAAAUUUGAAGGAGAGAUUCCAGAUGUUAUUGGAGAGCUUCAUGCACUCAGAGGGCUCAACCUUUCGCAUAACAGACUCAAUGGUUCUAUUCCCCAGUACCUGGGAAAUUUGACAAACUUGGAAUCAUUGGAUCUCUCCUCCAAUAUGCUCACUGGCAGAAUUCCUGAAGAAUUAAUGAAUUUGAAUUUUCUUGAGGUCUUGAAUCUUUCUCAAAACCAUCUUGUUGGAGAGAUACCUCAAGGAAAACAGUUCAAUACUUUUUCAAAUGAUUCCUAUGAAGGAAAUUUGGGGUUAUGCGGACUCCCAUUGUCAAAAAAAUGCAGAAACAACCAUGAACAACAAUCUCCACCUUUAUCAACCAUGCAGCAUGAACAGAAAUUUGGAUUUGGUUGGAAACCGGUGGCUAUAGGAUAUGGAUGUGGAAUGGUAUGUGGAAUGGGCAUAGGAUAUUGUGUGCUGUUAAUAGGAAAGCCUGAAUGGCUUGCGAGGAUGGUUGGUGGUGGGCCUAAUAAAAGGGUGAAAAGGAUGACAAGGAUGAAUUAAUGGAUACGUGACAUUGCUUGAGAAUGUCUUGUAAUAUGAAUUUGUUUUACUCUUUUUUGAGGGGAGGGUGGUGUACUAGACUAGGAUAUAUUUUAUUUGCCUUGAUCUUGUAUUUUUAUUUUAUUUAACUCAUAUAAUUGUUCAUAUUGGUCACAUAUCAACAGGUGAUGUCCUAUAUUUAAAAAAUUGUUAUGGCUUGGAUUUAGUGAUCCAACCCUAUGAAGUUGAUUGUUAGAAAAACACAUAUCUUGUGGUGGUAGCAGCUUAUGGUACCAGGUAGUUUGUAGAACAUGUUUAGAUGCAACCUUCG